UUCCUUGAGAAGCUACAAUCAUGAACACUAAAGUCUUGAUCCUUCUUGGUCUGGCAGCCGUCAUUACUGCAGACAGCCCAGAGAUUUUCGCCUAUGGACCUCCUCGGGAUUCUUCCGAAGAGUCAUUCGAGUCGUUUGAGUCAGGGGAGGCCAAGUACGACUUCAAUUAUGCCGUUCAGCACGAAGACUCUGGCAACGACUUCGGCCACGAGGAAGCCCGUGACGGUGAACACACUCAGGGAUCCUACUACGUGAGGCUUCCCGACACCCGUCUGCAGAACGUCAAGUACUUUGUGGACGGUGACGAUGGCUACGUGGCCGAGGUGAACUACGAGGGCGAGGCUCGUUUCCCCGACUCCUACGAGUCUGCUUCCUUCGAGUCCCGGGAGUACAGGCCACCAAGGCCAGUUUACACCUAUGACUCCAACGAGUCCAAGUAAACACUUGGAUAACAGACUACUACAUUAUGGUCACGGACAAGGACUUUUAUAUAAGCUAUUUAUUUUGUAUAUAUUACGAAAUAUAAUGAAGGUGCGAGUGAA